GACUACAGCCCCCACCCAAGCCCGUCCGUCUCUCCCACACCUAACGCCGUCAUGAGAGCCAGGAUGAGACUCUUGCUGCUGGUCUUGGCAGCAGCUGUUUGUGCGUCCUACGCUCAAACCAGCAACAACAGCAAUGACAACAGGCAGCAGCAGCAGCAGCAGCAACAGCAGCCACAGCAGCAGCAGCAACGCAGCGUCUGGGAUGAGGCCAUCAAAUUCACCACCAAGACCAAAGAUUCGUGCACCAUGGUGGUGUCCGGAGCUGGGGACUAUACUCGCCUGCGUGUCUCCUGCAAAGGUCAGACACCGGGACGCUCCUACUACUGCGACUUCCAGGGCAAACCCAACCUGUGCCGCGCCUACAACCUCAACCCUCGCCACUACUUCACCCAGAUGAUGUGGGAUCUGAGGAAGCUGAGCCACGCCUGCCAGGGACCCAGAAUCUACCGCCCUCAGAUGUGCAAGAAGUACCCUGACGAGGCCCAGAUGACCUUCCUGGCCUCCUGGCCCAAGACCACCACCCCCAAGCCCUCCAAGCCCGUCCAGGAGCCACGUAGACCAGCGGUGCCGGCCCAGCCCAAGCCGGCUACCACUCCUAAACCUGUGAAGCCCCAGUCUCAGCCCAUCAAGCCCCAGCCAGGCAAGGGCACCCAGACCAAGAAAACUACCCUCAAACCUGGGAAGACCACUACUCGCCCCACUGAGCAGCCCGGCUCCAAAGCCUCCCGCAUGGCUUCCGAAUACUGCUGGAAGAGCUUCGAAGGCCUCUGCACCUACUUCAUCAGCUGGUUUCAGAACUGAGACGAGACUGCAGACACAGGUGGGUGACAGAGAAAUGACGAAAAAGAAAAGAGGGAAGGUAGAGAGAAAAUUCAGGGAGACGCACGCCGAUGCAGUUAGGAUUACAACGGAGGAGCAAAGCAACAUCUCAGAGUUUUAACUAAUGCC